UUGGUGUGGANGAAGAAGCCGGGGCCCAUUCAGCUGACCCCCGCGCCCGACGGCUCCGCCAUCAACGGCACCACCGCCGCCGAGACUAAUUUGGAAGCCCUGCAGAAAAAAUUGGAGGAGUUGGAACUGGAUGAGCAGCAGCGGAAACGGCUGGAGGCCUUUUUAACCCAGAAGCAAAAAGUAGGAGAACUGAAGGACGAUGACUUCGAGAAGAUCAGCGAACUGGGUGCAGGCAAUGGUGGCGUGGUCUUCAAAGUCUCACACAAGCCUUCUGGACUCAUCAUGGCCAGGAAGUUGAUUCAUCUGGAGAUCAAGCCGGCAAUUCGCAACCAGAUCAUUCGGGAGCUCCAAGUCCUGCACGAAUGCAACUCCCCCUACAUUGUGGGGUUUUACGGGGCCUUUUACAGUGACGGCGAGAUCAGUAUCUGCAUGGAGCACAUGGAUGGCGGAUCCUUGGAUCAAGUCUUGAAGAAGGCUGGCAGAAUUCCCGAGAAGAUUCUCGGCAAAGUCAGCAUUGCGGUUAUAAAAGGCCUAACGUAUUUGAGAGAAAAGCAUAAGAUCAUGCACAGAGAUGUGAAGCCCUCAAACAUCUUGGUAAACUCAAGAGGAGAAAUCAAACUCUGCGAUUUUGGGGUCAGCGGACAACUGAUUGAUUCCAUGGCCAACUCUUUUGUGGGCACGCGAUCUUACAUGUCGCCAGAGAGACUGCAAGGGACCCACUACUCGGUGCAGUCGGACAUCUGGAGCAUGGGGCUUUCCCUGGUCGAGAUGGCCAUCGGCAGGUACCCCAUCCCUCCGCCUGAUGGCAAGGAGCUGGAGCUGAUGUUCGGCUGUCCUGUCGGAGCUGACUAUCCCGUCUCAGAGACGUCUCCGCGGCAGAGAACGCCAGGCCGGCCCAUGAGCGCCUACAGUUCAGACAGCCGGCCACCUAUGGCCAUCUUUGAGCUCCUGGACUACAUUGUCAACGAG